UCCCAACCAUCGUUCCCAUCAGGGUCUCUCUGUACCCCUCUCUCUCUCGUUGUAGAGAUUACAGUGUUUUUUAGGGUUAGGGUUUCAAAGAUUUCAGAUUUUGUUUUUCUUCAUUUGAUAUUUCUCAAAAAUGGAGCGACACAGAGGAGACCGCUACGGCAACAGCCCAGAUUCACACCCUUACAGGAACUCCAGAGGUCCGCCUCGGUCCUCCGACGGUCCCCUCCACCGCCGCAGCCCUAACAAUUUCCGUGGCGGCGGAGGCGGCGUUGGAGGCUUCUCCGGCGGCGGAGGCGGUAAUCACCACCGUCCUUUCGACAGUCCUCCCCGUUUCCCUCCCGGCGAAGGGGGCGGCGGCGGCGGUGGAGUUGGAGGUGGAUUUCGUCCAAUGGGUGGUGGCGGGUUUAAUGCCAGUCACCAGAUUCCUCUCACCGGGCAGAAAAGAGGACAUCCCUUCUCCGGCCGAGGAGGGUCUCCAGAUAAUUUUGAUGGUGGCAAUUUUGCCAAACUUUUCAUUGGAUCCGUUCCAAGGACAGCCACCGAAGAAGAUAUUCGGCCCUUGUUUGAGGAACAUGGCAAUGUUUUAGAGGUUGCUUUAAUCAAAGACAAGAGAACCGGACAGCAACAAGGAUGUUGUUUUAUAAAAUAUGCUACUUCUGAAGAAGCUGAUAGAGCCAUAAGAGGUUUACACAACCAACACACUUUACCUGGAGGAGUGGGUCCUAUCCAAGUAAGAUAUGCUGAUGGGGAGAGAGAACGUCUUGGUGCAGUUGAGUACAAGUUGUUUGUCGGAUCACUGAACAAACAAGCUACAGAAAAGGAAGUUGAGGAAAUUUUUUCGCCAUAUGGUCGAGUUGAAGAUGUUUAUCUCAUGCGUGAUGAAAUGAAGCAGAGCCGUGGGUGUGGAUUUGUUAAAUUUUCAAGCAGAGAAAUGGCGAUGGCAGCUAUUAAUGGACUUAGUGGAAUAUAUACUAUGAAAGGGUGUGAUCAACCAUUAACUGUUCGAUUUGCUGAUCCUAAGAGGCCUAGAGCUGGAGAGUCGAGGGGUGGCCCUGCAUUUGGGGGCCCAGGUUUUGGUCCUCGAUUCCAACCACCAGGACUUAGACCAACAACAAAUCUUGGUGAGCCUAUGCAUGGUCGAAUACCACCUAAUGCUUGGCAUCCAAUGAGUCCGCAGAAUAUGGGGCCAUCUUUGAAUGCUGGCAUGCAAGGUUUUGGGAGUCAGUUGCUUCCCCGAUCUGGGGAUUUGGCAAUGCCUUCAACUCUGGGUGGUCCUCUUGGUGUACAUGGUGGCUCUUCAGAUGGUGUCUUUCCUGGACUUGCAUCUGCAUCACAGCAGAAUUUUAACCAGUCCUUGGCACAAGUCCCGUCAAUUGGGCAGCAGCAAAUAUCACCGCUACAGAAGCCACUUCAAUCGCCACAAGACUUGCCAUCUUCCCUGCAGCUACACCCUCAGACUCCAUCAUCUUACUCGCAGACGCAGCCUUCACAAGCAUCACUCCAACAACUUGGUCAGCUGCAAAUGCCUCAGUCUGGUGGUCAAAACCCCUUCAGUCAGUCGUUGCCAUCACAACAGUUGUUUGGUUUGGGUGGGCAGUUAAAUGUUUCUCAGCCUCAGGUCCAGCAGAAUGCCUCAUCUGCGCAACAAGUCCCUAUGAAUUUUAACCUACAACAACAUCACCUGUCUGCCAUGGCAAAUCAACAGCAACUGCCUGCUGUUCAGCAGCAAUUGCUUCAGCCACUCCAACAAUCACCUUCUCAGUUUGCUCAGAUGCUAUCUCAACAGAAACAAACUCUACAGGCAAGCUUUCAAUCAUCUCAGCAGGCAUUCUCUCAGCUUCAACAACAAUUUCAGCAGAUGCAACCUUCAAAUCAAACUCUAAUGCAACAGCAAAGUUCUCAGGCUACCAAACAGCAGGCUCCAUGGGCGGGGAUGGUACCACAGACAGUUGCCAGCACCCCUGCUAUCACUUCAGCAGCAGAUGUGCCGCCUGCCACAUCUGCUGCCUCAGUUCUUUCUGCAGUAUCCCAGGCAGUGGCUCCUGUAAAAUGUAAUUGGACGGAACACACCUCCCCUGAUGGAUACAAGUACUAUUAUAAUAGUUCAACUGGUCAAAGCACAUGGGAGAAACCAGAGGAGUUGACGUUGUUUGAACAGCAGCAGCAGCAGCAGCCGCAGCCGCAGCCGCAGCCGCAGACAAAACCAUCAGUUCAACAGCCUCAAACUCAGUCUCACCCUCAAAGUCGGUCUACGCAGCAAGUUCCUCAGACACAGCAAGCUCAACUUCAAGCACAACUCCGCCACCCACAGCAGCUGCAACAAAGUUCUUUUCCAUCAUCGUAUCAGGCUUCAGGAGUUACAGGCCACCAAAAUGCGCAGGAACUUAAUUAUACCCAUUUACAGGCUGCAGCUGGUUCUGCGACUGAUCCGGCACGCUUCCAACAAGGGAUUCAGGCAGCUCAGGAUUGGAUGUGGAAGAAUAAGCCCUCAGGAACGUGAUGUGGAAUGGUGAAAAGUUUCAGGUGACAUUGUCAAAAAGUCUCUGCUUGGAUAAUGCCACACAAAGCUCAAACUGGAAGCCCGAUUCUGGUACCGGCGAGGCAGAGUGCAGGCAGGCAUGACUGCUCUGGAAAAAAAAAUGCGGAAUGUGUUGUGUAACAGAAAAUUUGUUUUAGGUUUUGCAGUCUCACUUAUUGGCUCAAUUAACUAAAGCUUGUGAACAAUGUCUUAUCAUGUCGUUUAAUAAUUUAUGCUGUCGGUAGAUGUUAAAUAUGAACAGGUACAUGGUGGUAGUGUAUGAAGUUUUCCAGUGAAACUGUGUUCUUUGCAGUGAUUCAGUUAUGGUUUGGAAUCAUGGUUCAACGCCAAAAUAACUUGAUUCA